GUGUAAACAACGAGCCGCUUAAAGGGCCGAGCUGUCAGCGAUGGUUUUUCUGUGGAGCUCAGACAUGAUGGAGCAGCAGGUCCAGGAGCCCCCCAGCUCCUCAGAGGGGCCGGUCUCCUCUGGUCCCUGCUCCUCUUGCUCCUCUUGCUCCUCUUGCUCCCCCUGUGACUUCGUCAGGUGCCUCCCCGCUGAGUUGUCAGAGCAGAUUUUCCUGCGGUUGGACCUUCAGAGCCUGUGCCGGGCGUCUCAGGUCUGCAGACGCUGGCACGGUCUGAUCCACGAGAGCGAGGCCGUGUGGAGGGGUCAGUGUGCGCGUCUGAGGCCCCACUGCAGCCGAGAGCUGGAGCGAGACCGGGGCCAAGGCCUGUCCUGGAAGGUGAUUCUGAUGAAAAACUACCCUCACAUUUGUCUGAAACAUGAUUGGCUGAGAGGACGCUUCAGCGGUGUUCAAUCAGCCAAUGAGCUGCAGGAUGUCGAGAUGGUCCCAUUCGAUGCCGAGACCUGGGGCGAGAUCCUGCAGGCCGAGCUGGACCGCUGAGACCCAACCAGGACCAAACCAGAACUAAACCAGGACUGAACAAAGACUGGACCAGGACCAAACCAGGACUGAACAAAGCCUGGGCCAGGCCUGGAGCAGAUCUAAGA